UUUUAAAUGAAUUCUUUGAGUUUGGCUAUAUAUACACGUACAAGGGGUUUGAUAUAUCUUGGUAGAGUUGCAAAAAGGGAGAAACGAGUGGUGGAGCAACAUGGCUAGUAAACCAGGCGUUCUCAGUGAUUGGCCAUGGAAGUCAAUGGGGAACUUCAAGUAUGCGCUUGUGGUUCCGGGGGCAAUUUACAGCACGUACUCGUUCAUAAGGUGCAAAGAUGAAAACGAGAGGAACUGGUUCAUGUUUUUGGUCUUACCAUUUCUGGUGUUUAGAUUGAUUCACUAUCAACUAUGGAUUUCGUACUCUCGUUAUCGUACUGCCAAAGGGAACAACCGGAUACUUGACAAGAGCAUCGACUUCGACCAAGUUGACCGAGAGAGAAGCUGGGACGAUCAGAUAAUACUGAACGGAAUAUUGUUCUACGGCGCGGGGAUAGUGUUAAAAGAUCAAUUUAACAUGCCCUUCUUUAAAGCCGACGGUACACUGAUCAUACUGCUACUUCACUGGGGUCCCGCUGAGUUCCUCUAUUACUGGUUACACCGAGCUUUGCAUCACCAUUACCUCUACGCUCGCUAUCACUCCCAUCAUCACUCCUCCAUCGUCACCGAACCCAACACCUCGUUUGUCCACCCAAUGGCAGAAGUGCUUGCGUAUUACGGGCUCCUUUUGAUUCCAACGUUGCUAUCGGUAUAUAUUGGAAAAGCUAACAUCGUGGGGGUCUUUAUAUAUGUUACUGUUAUCGAUUUCUUGAACAACAUGGGACAUUGCAACUUCGAGUUCAUUCCCAAAUGGUUCUACACCAUCUUCCCUCCUCUCAAAUAUAUCAUUUACACCCCUUCGUUUCACUCUCUGCAUCACACCCAGUUUCGGACAAAUUACACUCUUUUCUGUCCACUCUAUGAUUAUGUCUACGGCACGGUGGACAAAUCAACAGAUAGUGUGUAUGAAAACGCACUAAAAAGAGAGGCAGAGUCACCGGACGUGGUUCAUCUCUCUCAUUUAACUACACCCGACUCCAUUUACCAUCUACCCCUUGGGUUCCCUUCGUUGUCCUCCAAGCCCCAAGUUUCCAAAUGGUACCUCCUCUUUAUGUGGCCCGUCACGGUUUGGUCUAUGCUCUUAACUUGGGUUGUAGGCCAUGCGUUCAUUUCAGAGCGGAACGCCUUUAAGAAACUCAAACUUCAAGCUUGGGUUGUUCCCAAAUACAAUAUGCAAUAUUCCUCAAAAUGGCAAAGAGAAACUAUCAGUAAAUUGAUUGGACAAGCCAUUCGAGAUGCAGACAAGAAAGGAGCUAAGGUGCUGAGUUUAGGCCUUCUGAAUCAGCAUGAGGAGUUUACCAGAAACGUUGAGCUUUAUAUGAAAAGGAACCCUCAGCUUAAAAUAAAAGUCGUAGACGGGAGCAGUUUAGCAGCAGCGAUUGUCUUAAACAGUAUUCCUGAAGAAACAACACAAGUUCUCCUGAGAGGCAGAGUUUCCGAGGAUGUUUAUGUUUUAGUCCAAGCUUUAUGUCAAAAGGGUAUCAAGGUGCUGACAGUGCAAGAGGAUAAAUACAAGAAGCUGUUGAAGUUUGAUAACAAGCUUCAAAGUAAUUUAUUUCUUUCCGAAAGAUACGAUACCAAGGUAUGGUUGGUGGGAGAUGGACUGACCGAUAAAGAACAGUUUAAGGCACCAAAAGGAACAAUAUUCAUUCCAUUUUCGAUAUUCCCACCCAAGAAAGUCCGGAAAGAUUGCUAUUACCACACUACACCGGCUAUGGUGGCUCCUGCAUCUGUGGAGAACCUGCACUCUUGUGAGGACUGGUUGCCGAGAAGGGCGAUGAGUGCGAGCCGUGUGGCCGGGAUAAUUCAUGCUUCUGAAGGGUUCGACGUGAAUGAGUGCGGUGGCACCAUUUUCAGCGUCGAUAAAGUUUGGGAGGCCAGUCUUGAGAAUGGAUUUCGCCCCUUGCCAAUCUCCACUUAAUCAAUAAUACUUAUGAGAAAUCAUGUAGUAGUACUAAUGUAUGCAUAUCAACUUCCAUCUUCCUUGUAUUUUAUCUAGUUGUAAUAUUGGUGGGUAAUAAUAUUUUAUUAUCUAGAAAAGUUUAAUAAAUUAUAAUAUUAAUGAAUAA